GUUACAUGUGAACCUUUCAGAAAAUGUUAAUGUAUCUUUCAGAUAUCUCUAUAAACAUUUCCUUAAUGAACUAUCAGGUACUGUUGCAGUAAUUACUUCUGAUGGAAGAAUGAUUGUGGGAACCCUCAAAGGUUUUGAUCAGACCAUUAACUUGAUUUUGGAUGAAAGCCAUGAACGAGUGUUCAGUUCUUCACAAGGAGUUGAACAAGUAGUGCUGGGAUUAUACAUUGUGAGAGGCGAUAAUGUUGCUGUCAUCGGUGAAAUUGAUGAAGAGACAGAUUCAGCUCUCGACCUGGGGAAUAUUCGAGCAGAACCUUUAAACUCAGUUGUGCAUUGAAAGAUGAAGAUGCACGGGGACUUUGUAAAUCUCUGGUUGUACAGACCUAUUUAACAAUGUGGAUGAUUUUUACAAAUGUGUUUAAUUUUAGUCACCAGUUUUUUUAUUAUGAAUAUGUUGUAGUUCUGCAUGUAAAUUAAAGUUUCUACGUUUUACUAAA